AUGAAGAUUUGGACCACUCUUUUGACCCUCGCCGGAGUAGCCUCGACAACCUCGAUCCAUCACGACAUACAUCACAGGGUCAAACGAGAGGUUUGCUCUGGAAAUACUGCCAGUGAUAGACAGAGCUGGUGCAACUACAAUACGAGCACCAACUACUACGAUGUCGUCCCAACCACGGGCGUGACCAGAGAGUAUUACCUCAAUAUUGAAGAUGUCACACUUGCUCCCGAUGGCUACUCUCGCGCAGCAAUGGCAGUCAACGGGUCCAUUCCAGGCCCUACCAUUCAGGCCAAUUGGGGCGAUUAUGUUAUCGUUCAUGUCACCAACAGUUUGACCUCAGACAACGGGUCUAGCAUCCAUUUCCACGGCAUCCGCCAGAACUAUACCAAUCCGAACGAUGGCGUUGUAUCCAUCACCCAAUGUCCUACUGCUCCAGGACAGACAACAACCUAUAAGUGGAGGGCCACACAAUAUGGCUCAUCAUGGUACCAUUCUCACAUUGGGUUGCAAGCCUAUGAGGGUGUCUUCGGUGGAAUCGUGAUCAACGGACCUGCCACUGAGAACUAUGAUGUGGACAAAGGAGUUUUGUUCCUCAAUGAUUGGAGUCACCAGACUGCUGAUGAGCUCUACGCCUCUGCCCAGGCCGAUGGUCCGCCUACAUUGGACAAUGGUCUCAUCAACGGCACCAAUGUGUAUGGAGAUGACGAUUCAACCAGCCAAACGGGCUAUCGUUUCAAUACAUCAUUCAUUGAAGGCACUUCUUACCGCUUCCGUCUUGUGAAUGCUGCGGUAGACACCCACUUCAAGUUCUCAAUUGACAACCAUACUCUGACGGUGAUGGCGAUGGACUUGGUACCCAUCGAGCCAUUCAACACAACUGUCUUGAGCAUCGGCAUGGGUCAGCGGUACGAUAUUGUGGUGAACGCAGAUCAAUCCACCGGAAGCGACAGUUUCUGGAUGCGCGCAAUCCCGCAAUCCGCGUGUUCCGACAACGACAGCACAGACAACAUCAAAGGAAUCGUCUAUUACGGCAGCACAGCAUCCACGCCCACCACGACCGCAUACACGUACACGGAUAGCUGUGACGACAUGGACAUAUCCGAUCUCGUCCCGUACCUUGUCCAGAGCGCAUCGGAACCAUACUACAACUCCAGCGAGCCAGUCACACUAGGCACGAAUACCGAGAAUCUCUUCCGCUGGAAAAUGAACGGGACAUCGAUGCAAGUAUACUGGGAUAACCCGACACUACUGCAAAUCUGGAAUAACGAUACAACAUUCACCGAUGAAAGCGGCGUAGUCGUGCUCCCGCUCGCAGACGAGUGGUCCUACGUUAUUAUCGAAACCACCAUGACUGUCCCGCAUCCUAUCCACUUACACGGGCACGACUUCUUUAUUCUCGCGCAGGGAACGGGCACGUACAGCUCCUCCGAUAUCACGAGCUUGACGAACCCGCCCCGACGGGAUGUGGCCAUGCUCCCGGGCUCUGGGUACCUUGUUGUUGCGUUCAAGACUGAUAAUCCCGGGGCUUGGUUGAUGCAUUGCCAUAUUGGGUGGCAUACUGAGGAAGGGUUUGCGAUUCAGUUCUUGGAGAGGUAUGCGGAGGCCCGGAAGCUGAUUGAUUAUGAUACUUUGAAUUCUACUUGUGAGGCGUGGGAUGCAUAUGUCACGGAGAGUGAGCUUGAGCAGGAGGAUGAUGGUAUAUAG